GUUUUCACUUCCGGCGCCGCCAUGUUGGGGAGGUCGGCGGGGCGACUGGCGGGGGUCGUGGCGCUGGUCACGGGGGGCGCCAGCGGCAUCGGCCGCGCCGUGAGCGGCCGCCUGGCCCGCGAGGGCGCGCGCGUGGCCGUGGCCGAUCGCGACAUGUCGGGGGCGGCGGCGACAGCGAAAGGGCUCCCCCGGAACUGCCCCCCCGACCACGGAGCUUUCCAGGUGGAUGUGGCCGAUCCCAAAAGCGUCGCCGGGAUGGUGAGGGGGGUGCAGGAGCACUUUGGGGGUCCCCCCCGUGUCCUGGUGUCCUGUGCCGGGAUCACCCGCGACCGGAUGUUCCUGGAGAUGGGAGAGCGGGAAUUCCGGGAAGUGCUGGGGGUGAACCUGGAGGGGACGUUCCUGGUGACACAGGAGGUGACAAAGGCCUUGGUGACAUCGGGGGACCCCGGGGGGGCCUCCCUGGUCCUCGUGGGCAGCGUGGUGGCCAAGGUGGGGAAUUUGGGCCAAACCAACUACGUGGCCUCCAAGGGGGGGGUGGAGGGGCUGACCCGGAGCGUGGCCAAGGAGGUGGCCAGGUUUGGGAUCCGCUGCAAUUCCGUCCUGCCGGGAUUUAUCGUCACCCCCAUGACGGACAAAGUGCCCCCAAAAGUGCUGGACAAGUUCGCAGGGAUGGUGCCACUGGGACGACUGGGGGACCCUGAGGGUGAGUUGGGGACACUUUGGGGACACUUUGGGGACACUUGGAGGUGCCACCACCCCCCGGUGUCCCCCAGACGUGGCAGACGUGGUGGCUUUCCUGGCGUCGGGGGACAGCGGCUACGUCACCGGGGCCACCCUGGAGGUGACAGAAAGUGGCUCUGGAACGACCCCGGCACCCUCCGUCUGCCAAGGUGGGCAGGGCCUUACCAGGCCUCGCUCCCCAACCCGACAGACUCCACACAGGGAACCUGCACCUCCAAAGCUGGAAGGAAAGAGGGCAAAGGCCUCUCCUCCUUUCUUCUUAUAGCCCAGCUUAGGUAAAAAUGGUGGGGAAUAGCGGGGAAAUCUGGGCACUUCCUUGGUUACAGACUGGUCAUGAAGGAAGGCCCAGACUAAAGUACCAGAGACAUCACAUCCCCCUCUGUGACAUCACAUCCUCCUCUGUGACAUCACAUCCCCCUCUGUGACAUCACAUCCUCCCCAUGACAUCACAUCCCCCUCUGUGACAUCACAUCCCCCUCUGUGACAUCACAUCCUCCCCUGUGACAUCACAUCCCCCUCUGUGACAUCACAUCCCCCUCUGUGACAUCACAUCCUCCCCAUGACAUCACAUCUCUCCUGUGACAUCACAUCCCCCUCUGUGACAUCACAUCCUCCUCUGUGACAUCACAUCCUCCUCUGUGACAUCACGUCCUCCCCAUGACAUCACAUAUCUCCUGUGACAUCACAUCCCCCUCUGUGACAUCACAGCUCCUCUAUGAUGUCACAUCCCCCUCUGUGACACCACAACUCCCUUAUGAGAUCACAUCCUUCCGGUGACAUCACAUCCUCCUCUGUGACAUCACAUCAUCCCCAUGACAUCAUGUCUCCUCUAUGAUGUCACAUCCAUCAUAUGACAUCACAACUCCCCUGUGACAUCGCAUCCUCCGUGACAUCACAUCCUCCCCUGUGACAUCACAUCCUCCUCUGUGACUUCACAGUUCUCCUAUGAUGUCACAUCCUCCCCAUGAUAUCACAUCUCUCCUAUGACAUCCCAUCCUUCCUGUGACUUCACAUCCUCCUCUAUGAUGUCACAUCCAUCAGAUGACAUCACAUCUUUCCUAUUACAUCAAAGCUCCACUGACAUCACAGCUCCCCUAUGACAUCACAUCCUUCUUGUGACAUCACAUAUCUCCUAUGACAUCAGAUCAUUCCUGUGACAUCACAUCGCCCCUGUGUUAUCACAUCCUCUGUGACAUCACAUUGUCCCUGUGACAUCACACCUUCCUCUGUGACAUCGCAUCUCUCCUAUGACAUCACAUUCAUCCUGUGACAUCAAACCUCUCCUGUGAUAUCAUAUCGUCCCUGUGACAUCACAUCCUCCUCUGAGACAUCACAUCUUUCUUGUGACAUCACAUCCUUUCUGUGACAUCACAGCUCCUCUAUGACAUCACAUCCUUCCUGUGACAUCACAUCCCCCCU